GCUGCAAACUGAUCCGCACUAACCAGAGGCGUAGAAGAGGAGGAAGCCAGGAAGCCUCUGACAGCCGUAGAGAAGCAGUGCUAGAGAGCAAAAGGCCGGGUUGCAGCUUCAGCUGUCGUCCUCCGUGGUUCAGGAAAAGACGAACAAACCUCCGCCGACAUGUCGAAGAACACCGUGUCGGCCCGCUUCAGGCGAGUGGACGUGGACGAGUACGACGAGAACAAAUUCGUGGACGAAGAGGACGGAGGAGAAAACCAGCUGGGUCCUGACGAAGCAGAAGUGGACUCCCUCAUCAGACAAGGAAACCUCGUGGAGGCUUUACAUGCAGUCCUGAAGAACCCGCCCAUCAACACAAAGAACCAGAACGUUAAGGAGCGUGCAGAGGGUUUGGUGCUGAAGGUGCUCAGUGCCUUUAAGAGCAGCGACAUCGAGAAGGGAGUGCAGUCGCUCGACAAGAACGGCGUGGACCUGCUGAUGAAAUACAUCUACAAAGGCUUUGAGAGGCCGUCAGAAAACAGCAGCGCCGUCCUGCUGCAGUGGCACGAAAAGGCUCUGGCAGCUGGAGGAGUAGGCAGCAUCGUCAGGGUGCUAACGGCGAGGAAGACGGUCUAAAAGAAGAGCAGCUCACCAAACAUCACUAAGAGAUCGAGGGGGAUGCACUGUACUGUGCUGUUCAUGCAAUACAUGGCAUAGGGACUAAAAGGAAAAACUGAUUUUUAACUCAAUCGGACCCAAACGAGAACAUACAAUCUGUGUGGUACGAAGUUCAAAAUGGGUUUUCCUGUUUCUUCCUAUGCAUGAUUGUCACCUAAAUCAUACUCCUGCUGGAUGCUACAGAUAAGUUGUGUCCGUGUUGACUCACACCACUGUACAGUAUGUGCUCAGUCUGCAUGCUAGUGGUUUCCAACCUAAGGGUGGACGCAUAAAACACACAGUCAUGUAGGUUUUCCUUCCAUUUUUGCUUUUUUCGUGUUUAAAUUUUCUCAUAAAACCAGUAGACACUAGUGGAUUCCCUUUAUUUAAGCAGUGAAAAUCUAAAAGGUUGGGCACCACUGAUGUACAUACGAGCUAACACACGUGUGCUGAAACACAGGCAUGACUUCUAGUAAUGCAUCCUCCACACAAACACAGAAGGUUUCAGCUUUGUUCCUCUCAGGAAAACCCUCCGAGUGUUUAGAUUCCAUCGUUCUCUUGCGUUAUCUCAGCUCCGGAGGGCUCCUGGUGGAAUAAAAACCCGACUCUGUGUCAGUAAAUCCUCCCACAGCGACACUUGAGCGGCGGGAGUCUCCAUGAAAAGCACAGUCACAGAUGGAGGGUGGUGGAUUUGCUCGCAGGAGGCUCACUAUUUACCCCAGGAGAGGGUGGGGGAGGAGGGGCUUGGUAUCAUCCAUCCAUUCACGGCUUCACGCUGCCUGCUGCCCCAGUUAAGGAUUAUUAUUACCCUCGAUGCAUCUCCACCGCCACUCUCAUUAAUCCCACUUUGGUGUUUCUCACAGCGUCCGUCUGUCUGUCUGACGAUCUCAUGCGACUGAACAGGGCUUUAUGUGGCUCUGCUGGUACUGUUCUCUGUACUUUCAGGAUAAACACCCUAAAAAUAUGUGCUCAGAUUCUUUUUUUUUUUUUUUACUAUUUAACAGAAAAAAAAAAUCUAGGAUUAAACAUUAUCCUCUUUGUUCUGUUAUUAUUUUGAGUAAUAUUGAUUUGAAAUCCCUACUCGGCCAACGUUCUAAACACUGCUCACAGGCUUGGCCAUAUGGACGUGUUUGUUGCUAAGAAAAUGUCUGUUUUUGUAGAAGGAGAAGGAAUUUAACUCAUUUAAAAUCUAUAGUUUGCAUGAUCCCACUUUUGAGUUUGAGUUUCCACUAAAGCAUUGCAUACCUGUCUUUUGAACUUGUUUGAUCUCUCUUCUGGAAGAAUUCAGUCAUUUUUGUAUGAGUUUAAUUUCAUGCUGUUGGAUUUUCAGAGCUAAUCCAGGUGUUGUCUUGCAGAUGGAAGACAAACCUUUACUCUCACGUGAACUGACUGAAAGUUGAAUUCAUUUUGUAUAAUAGGGAGGACUGAAAAUGUAAAGUCUUUUAUCUGCCUCAUGGGGUAGACUACGUCUGUUGCCAAAUGAUUUCUUUUGCUUUUCUGGAAUAAUGUAGCUUACGUUGAUGAUCUAGUCGAGCUUGUGUGUUUAGAGAAGACACAGUGGUGAAAAUGAACUCAAAGAAAAGUGUGUUGCAGCUUUGCUCCUCAUGCAGUCAGUGUCAAGAGGAAUUCAGCUCCAGUGUUUUAUUUUGGUCCUGCUCAUUUCCAAACACUGAGUAGAGGUCACUCAUGGACUUUCUCAAUGGAUGUUGCGUUUCAGAAAACACAACUCAUCACAGUUGUUUUUAUCACCCGUGGAUAUUUAAACAUGGGUUAUCAUGUUUGAAUACUGUCAUCAGUGAUGAUGCAUCCAGACAUUAGAUACCUUAGAUUUACAUGAGUACAGACAUGACAGCGGUCUGAUGACAUCUUCAUGUAUUUCUAGUCAGAGAUGCUCUUCUAGCCGAGGGCCAGAAGACAAUGGAACAUACCAAACUGAUGUACAAAUUGCCUUACUCGACUAUUCCUUUUUAUGUUUGUGCUUUUUUGAAAAAAAAUAAAAAGUAUGAAUGCUCAUCAAA